AGAAAACACUUUCAUCCUGCGCAGCCAUAUUGCUUUCAGCUGACAGACAAGUGACCUUAAAUUAAAUCCCGGCCAUCCUAGGCCAUCCUUGUAUAGUUUCACCUAUAUCUCCUCUUUCCAGCAAUGUCUUCGGGAACUCCUUACCUUGGCACUAAAAUAAGCUUAAUUUCUAAGUCGGAAAUUAGAUAUGAGGGAAUUUUGUACUCUAUUGACACCAAGGAGUCUGUCGUGACGUUAGCACAGGUGCGUUCGUUUGGAACGGAAGACCGAGAGGCGCCCAAAAAAGUUCCUCCUAGGGACGAAGUUUACGAGUACAUCGUUUUUCGAGGACAAGACAUCAAAGACCUAACUGUUAUAAGUGCUGAGUCGCAUUUAUCUCAGGACCCAGCUAUUGUCCAGUCUGGUAAUUCAAGACUUCCAACUCCCGGCUAUUCUCAUUUCCCUCCUCCUGUAUCAUUCCCAUCUCACCCAACCACGUAUGGUCCAUUUGGCACACCAUAUGGUGGUUACACACAGCAACACAGACCAAUGCCAGGCCAAUUCCCGCAACAUCCAUCAAUGAUGCCAGCUGGUCCAAUGAUGCCUCCAAGGAUACCCACCCCACCAACAGUUCAACAUGUGCCUUUGUCUCGUGGUCAUUCACCAUCUCCAGAAACUGUGACACCUGUAGCAUCCACCUCCAAAACAGAGGACAACAAGGUGGGUACGGCUCAUGAUAAAAGCACAGCUCAGCAUGGAGCUCAAACAGUUCAGCCAAAGAAGAAACCAAAUUCUAGACCAUCGUCCAGGAGAGGCUCCCAAGACAAAACAGCUGCACCACAAGAGAAGAAGAAACAAGAGGUUAAUGAUAAGGAAACUUCUAACAAAGACCCUCCAGAAGAAACUCAGUCCAAUGAACCUCAGAAACAGAGACAAGCUGGUAAUCGUCGUCCACAGGGAAGAGGAUCUGGCCCAAGAGUCAAUAAACCACGAACAGUUGGUGGUCCUGUUAAUUUUGACGGCGAGUUUGAUUUUGAGAGUUCAAAUGCUAAGUUCAAUAAAGAAGAAAUUGAGGAGGAACUACAGCAAAAACUCCAUGAAAACCUAAGGUUGAAAGACGAGGAUGACAGUAAAGCAAACAGUACACCAGAAAACUAUGUUAAUGAUGCUCAGCCUUCAUGCCCUCUCACGUAUUAUGACUGUUCCAAAUCCUUUUUUGACAGUAUUUCUUGCGAGGCAAAUGAUAGAGACAAAAAUAGACGGGCUCACCCUUCGUGGCAACAAGAACGCAAGGUAAACAUGGAGACCUUUGGAGUAACUGGUGGCAUGCGACGUGGAGGUCGAGGGAGAGGAAGAGGGAGAGGUCGUGGAGGCUACAGAGGUGGCAGGGGUGGAAAUAGGUAUCAAGGACGAGAUGGCAGUAGUCAAGGAGGACGUGGAGGCUGGCGUGGUGGGCGUGGUGGUUUUAGAGGGGACCGCUUAAGAUCCUAUACAGAUCAACCCAUUAAUGGCAAUGACAAAUUUCCAAGAAAUCUACCCAAUAGACCAUCCAUGGGAGGAGAAGAGGAAGCAGCUGCUAAAGCAUAAGGCGACAGAAAAUCAAUUGGAAAAAAUUGGUUUUUGUCUUUAAUUUUCUUGGGGUUUUUUGUUUUUGUUUGUUUGUUUGUUUUUUGAGUAACAGAGUGACUUAUUGUGGUGUGACCACAGGCUGUGCUGUUUCUUAUGUUGUGGUUAAUCUUUAAACUCUUUUGAGAGAUUAGGCUUGUAGAAAUGUCCAGUUGCCACAUGACAUGCAAUGACAAGAAAAUACCAUAAAUGCAUUGCUGUAUAUGGUUCUUUCGUAAUUUUGUACAUGCUGUAUUUCUAAGACGCACAUGUACAAUAAAUGUCAGAAGAUACUACAUGCCAUUAAAGUUAUAUGUCCAUAUUUUACAUUUGCCCUUUAAAGUGAUCCCACCUCAGUGAACAGAAAUUUUUGUUAUCACCCUCUUGUUAUUAAUGCUAAUUUCAGGCAAAAAAAAAUUCUGGGAAUAUUGUUUUGUUAGUCUUGGACUAAAUAUUUAUCACAGAUGUAAUGGUGUAUAAUUGGCAUAAUUUUUCUAUACAGAUACAAUUUUAGAGGAAAAAAGGUCCUGAGCAAUUCCUGGUUUUUUUGCAAUACUUCCAUUUGAACUUCAUUUGGUAAUUUAGGGAAUUUUAACGUAGGUAACUGUUUUUGACACAUACAAUGUAGGAGUCCUUAACAGGUACCCCUUCAACCAUUUAAAUUGAUUUAACGGAUUUUUUUUCUUUGGGGCAGAAACUCCAAUAAAGUUAGUCUUCCAGCAUUUCUAAAAAUAUUUGAACAUACCAAAAUAAAAAAAAGAUUAAACUGUU